CAUAAUCAAACGGUCAACUUUUACACCAGAGCAGCUGAACUAAUCGUUAUGACUGAUGUAGGCCUAGUUCGAACUAAUCAUAUUUGGACUAUCCUUACUCAAACUAAACUUAAAGAAACAUUUUUGGGACCUAUUUCAAGACAGUUGAGCUAAUAAGUGACUCAAAGCAAGCAAAGCAGAUAUUGAUUUGGCUGAAAAAAACUGAGCAAAUGCCUGAACUGUUUUUUUUUGAGGAGCAAACAGUCUAUGAUGGCACGUUUAUUUUUGCUCUUCGUACUUCAUCUCUUCGUCUGCAUUACUGUCCAGGAAAGUGUAUACUUAAUCACUGCACCUAAACUGCUGCGACUCGAUGCUUCGGAAAAUGUGGUGGUGCAGUUGUUUGGUUACGACCAGGAAAUUACAGUACAUCUUUACCUGAAGAACACACUAGCACCAGUUUAUAAAGAAUAUGCGUCUCUUUGCCUGAAGCUCAACGCUGCGAAUAACUAUCAAGCUUCCGCUACUUUACGGAUAAUGCCCACAGAUUUCCCUAAGGAGGACAAGUUUGUCUACCUUCAGGCGAUAUCCUCUGCUUUCUCUGUACAUGAAAAAAUCCCAGUCACUACUGUGAACGGUUUUCUCUUUAUCCAGACUGACAAGCCGCUUUACACACCCGAACAAGAGGUACAAGUGCGUGUUUACUCCCUCAACGAGGAGCUGAGGAAAUCUAGACGACCUGUCACCCUUACAUUCGUGGACCCUAACGGUAUCAAAGUAGAGAUGAUUGAUAUGGAAGACAUCAUUGGAGCAAAACCACUUCUUCCACCAUUCAAAAUACCUUUAAAGCCGACUUAUGGAAUCUGGAAGAUUGUGGCUACUUAUGCAAACACUUUUGAAACAACUGCCACUGCUGAGUUUGAGGUCAAAGAAUAUGUGCUGCCCAGUAUUUUACUCCAUGUUGAGCCCGAAGCCAACUACAUCAGUGAGACGAACUUUGAGUCUUUCAAGUUGAAGAUUUCAGCCAAGUAUGUUCAUGGAACACCAGUUAGCUCUGCAGAUAUUUUCUUGACGUUCGGAUACAGUACACCAGAAGAAACUGUCAUGAUACCAGAGACAUUUUCAAGAUACGUGCUGAAUAAUGGAAAGAAAGAAGUUCACUUAGACAUCAAGUCAGCUUUAUCAUCCAUGCCUGAUGGGCCUCAAAGUCUGAGUGCCAUGAAAGAAAACAGCUUUCUUCGAGUGAGAGUUUUGCUGCAAGAGUCAACUGGUGGUAUCUCCCAGGAGGCAGUGCUCUCAAAUGUGAGAUUUGUGGAAACUCCAUUCACACUGAGUCUGAUCUCAACCCCUCCUUUCAUCAAACCAGGUCUACCAUACGCUAUGAGAGUCUUGGUGAAGGAUCCUUUGGGUAAACCAGUGCAAGGUGUGUCAGUCAAGACAAGGGCAACCAUAACCACAGCUGACAAUACACUAGACAUCCUCAAAUUCUUAGGGCACCUGGAUACAUUGACAAGUACAAGUCGGAAGGAUGGAAUUGCGUACUUCACCUGUAAUAUACCUGCUAAUGUGAAACAAGCUGAAUUCACUUUUAAGACAGAAGAUCCUUCUUGGAGUCAGGCUCCCCUAAAACUAAAGACUGAAUCAUAUAAGUCUGUCAACCAUCGUUACCUGUACAUCGAUUUACCUGAAUCCUCAGCAUUUGAAGUUGGACAGUACAUUUAUGUCAACGUUUUCUUUGAUUUUCGUGACUAUCUUUCUCUGAAGACCUUCAGCUACCAGAUCCUUUCCAGAGGAAAAGUUGUGCAGUUUGACACAGUUAAGUGGGGCGGUGAAAAGAAUCAGAACCUCAACUUUAAGAUCACUCCUGACAUGGUGCCGUCUGCUCGGCUAGUGGUGUACUACGUCCUGUACGGGGAGGAAAAAGCAGAGCUGGUAGCAGACUCCACGUGGAUUGAUGUGAAAGCUAAAUGUGUUAACAAUUUAAACGUGGACAUAUCAGUUCCCAUCUCAGAGUAUGUCUACAAACCCAAAGAUAAACUUGAAUUAAGAGUGUCAACUAAAAGCAGAGACGAGUCACUGGUGGCUUUUUCUGCCGUAGAUACGGCCCUGUACAACCUGAAAUCUAAUGACAAGGACCCACUAAAAAAGGUGCUACAACAUGUUGAGCAAAGUGACUUGGGUUGUGGAAGGGGAGGAGGCAAAAAUAAUGCUGAUGUGUUUGACCGUGUUGGCCUUAUGUUCAUCACCAAUGCAAACGCCAAAACCUCUAGCGCAGGGGGGGCUUGUUCUGACUUGGUUAGGCCAAAGCGUUCAGUUGACCUGGCACAAAAGUUUGAACAAAAGGCCAAAAGCUAUGGGGUGUUCCAUGGUUGCUGCAAAUCUGGGACAGCGAGUAGCCCGAUGCUUGAAACCUGUAGACAACGUUCAGAGAGACUGUCUUAUCCUGCAGGUUUUGAUUUGCGUAGGAAGAGACUGUGUAAGCGUGCUUUCUUGGAAUGCUGUGAAUUUGCUAUGAAGCAUCGCCAAGAGAAUACGGACAAAAUCAUUCUAAGUCGCACAGCAGUCGACUUUCUGGUGGAUGCGAUGCCAUCUCAAAUUAGGAGCUACUUCCCUGAGAGCUGGUUAUGGGAGGAACACACCAGCAAGUCUGGGUCAGUAAGCAUUACCAAAAAUCUUCCAGAUUCACUGACUACAUGGGAGCUGAGAGCAGUUGGGGUAUUCAGUGAGGGGAUCUGUGUGUCAGAGGAAAAGAUUCAGGUGUCCCAGGACAUUAGUGUGGAUGUGCCCUUGCCUUAUUCCAUGGUUCGUGGAGAGCAGAUUGAGCUCCGGGGUUCAGUCUACAAUCAGCGUUUUUCAAGCACUCGGUUCAGUGUGACCCUGACGGCAACAGAGGGAGUGUGUGUGUUUCGUGGAGCUCAACAGGAAAAACAUGGAAAGCCACAUGAAAACAAAGGGCUAAUAGAAGGUCGUUCAGUGGCCUUGGUCACGUUCUACAUCAUGGCCUUGGAAGCGGGCACUCAUACGCUCACUUUCACUUUAACAACUGCAUGGGGCACUGAGAGUGUGGUCAAGAAAUUGAAAGUUGUGCCAGAGGGAAUUAGAAAGGAAAUACAAAGUGGUGGAAGAAUAGAUCCAAAUGGAGUGUUUGGCACAUCCAUGCGGAGGCUUGAGUUUAAAAAUGUAAUUCCUCCAAACAUUGUGCCCAAGUCAACUGUGGAUCGUAUUCUGACAAUUCAUGGUGAAGUACUGGGAGAGCUUCUGUCGAUAAUAAACAACCCAGAAGGCUUAAAACAGUUGACUAACCUGCCACGGGGAAGUGCCGAGGUGGAGCUCACGGGUCUCCUGCCAAUUUACUAUGUCUACCACUUCCUAGAAAAAACAGAGAAAUGGGGCAUUCUGGGGAAAGAGGCUGCUGCGAGUGAAAAGGAAUUAAAGAGGAAGAUGCAAGCUGGCAUCACUAGCAUCAUGUCAUUUAAGAUGAAGUAUAAACAUGCCUUUAGCAUGUGGUCGAACAAGGACAAAUCAGCCAGCACCUGGGUGACAGCUCUCAUGGUCAAGACUCUUGCUGACAUUCAUGAAUACAUCCCUUUGGAGUCUCAAGUGCUGACCAACACCAUCAAAUGGCUGAUUGAAAAUUGUCAGAAUGAUGAUGGCUCUUUCUCUGAGAAAUCACAGACCAUUCCAUUUAAACUCAUGGGUGCUGGAGCUGAUGUCACUGAAAAGACCGUUUUCCUCACAUCUUUUGUCAUGAUUGGAAUUAAAAAUGCUAUGAAGGUCCCAGACGCUAACUUACAGGCCUUUAAAAUCUCUAUAGAUCGUGCCGCGCAGUACAUCACCUCUAACUCAAAGAAGAUUGAAAGCUUAUAUGCUACAGCAAUAGCAUCUUAUGCUCUGACACUUGCAGACAUCCAUAGUAUGUCUGCAGUCAAUCUUUAUGACAAAAUCAAAAAGAAGGCUCAAGUUCAUGGGAACCCAGCCACAGUUCGUUUCUGGCAGGAGUCCAAACCUGACAAGGAUUUAUUAAAACCCACUGAUGUGACAGCAAAGACUGUGGAAACUACUGUUUACGUCCUGCUUAACACUUUAACCAGAGGUGAUUCCGCCUAUGCAAAACCCAUCCUGAACUGGUUAACACAAGACCAGAGAUACGGAGGGGGUGUCCAUUCAACACAGAACAGCAUUCUCACUUUGGAGGCGCUUAGCAAGUACAGCAUCUUAGCCAGUCAAGCCACCUUAGACAUGAUCGUUGACAUUGAAUACAAGACUAAAGGUGACAUCAGCAGAAUCAGACUAACUCAACAGAAGCCUGUGCAUAAACCAAUACAGGUGAUCAAAAAUGAUGAUAUUAUCAUCAAAACUGCAAUGAGCUCUGGUGUGUCAUUCGCCAGUCUGAGAACAGUGUACUAUGAGAUGACAGAAAACAAUGAAAAUUGCCAUUUUGAUUUAUCAAUUGACAUUCAUGAACGUGUCCCAAAUUCAGAUGAUCCUAUGCUUUUGUCACAGCGGAUUGUGGCCUGUGCAAAAUACAAGCCAUCUGAAAAUUCAAUUGAAACGGAGUCAGGAAUGACUGUGAUGGAAAUUCAUUUGCCGACCGGUGUGACCCCGGUCCAGGAAGAUCUAGAUAUGUACCAGAAUGGAUUUGAGUCUCGGAUAUCAGACUAUAAAAUCACAGGUGACCGAGUCAUCCUUCAGAUAGAUUCGAUACCAUCAGAUGACUUAUACUGUGUGGGUUUCCGUAUUCAAGAGGAAUUUGAAGUUGGCAUGACCAGAACCUCAGUGUUCAGAGUUUAUGAAUUUUAUGCUCCAGAGAAUGAGUGUAUGAAGUCGUACCACAAACAAAGACGCAGACUGUUACGACUCUGUGAGGGAGACCAAUGCCAUUGCAUGGCAGCGGAAUGCUGCAACUUUAAAUCCACCAUUGAUCCCACAAUCACUGCUGAACGGCUUAAAAAUGACAUGUGCAAAGAAAGCAUAAAAUAUGCAUUUAAAGUGUUAAUUGAAUCAUCUGAGGCAGCAGGAGAUUUCGUGAUCUACAAAGCAAAAGUUAAAGUAGUUCUCAAAAAAGAACAAACAGAUGACCUAAAAACAGAUUCCGAAAUUGAUUUGGUGAAAAAGGAAACUUGCCAUUCAACAAAUUUCGAAGUUGGCAAGCAGUAUCUGAUCAUAACUGCUGAAAGUAUUAAGAUAAAAGUGAAUCAUGGUUAUAAGUAUAAGUUUCCUUUGGACUCACAUGCUUGGGUCAACUGGUGGCCACUUAACUAUGACUGCAGAGAUGCUGCCUGCAAACAAUACAUCAGUGUUUUGGAGGAUUAUGAAUUUAAUUUCUUAAUGUCUGGCUGUGAAAAUUAAGUGAUAAAUUGCAUGUCAAUAGAAGAGCUAAUUCGUAUACUUCUUGUAUCCUACAGCAAUGUAAUCUAAAAAAUGGCAUUUGAGAAUAAACAGAAACUUUUAAAUAAAACUUCUUUUUUUUUACCUCAA